AUGGUCGACGAUUCAUACUACAUAACUCCACAUGAGGCAGCAUUAGCCGUUGUCGCAACGUCGAUGAAAAAAUCAAGACUCAAAAUUGAUACAUUGGUCGUGAAUUCGAUAUUGGGGGGUAUUCUAUUUAGCUCAGGUUCCUUACUCUAUUUGGCCAUACAUGCUGAAAAUCCACAAAUGGCGAUGAAUAACCCUGGGAUUCUGAAUUUCACAGGAGCUUGGACUUUUGUCAUUGGCUUAUUUUACGUGAUUAUAAUGGGUUGUGACCUAUUUAAUUCAAAUAUUUUAUAUUUUUCUGUGGGGCUAUUAAGAAAUGCAGUAACUAUUUAUGAUCUGCUGAUUUCUUGGUUCUUUAGUUGGAUAGGUAACAUUGCAGGAACUUUAUUUGUUUCGUAUCUAUUUAUGCAUGUCUCAGGAAUCUCCAGUUCUAGUGAUUGGAUAAAUGGUUCUAUCAAUAUUGUCAAUGAUAAACAGUCAUAUACAUUCAUGGAAACCUUUUUAAAAGCCAUUGCUGGUAAUUUUUUCGUUUGUUUAGCUGUAUACUUACAACUAUUAUCAAAACCCAUUCACGUCAAAUUAAUCGUCAUGUCUUUACCCAUCUUCACAUUCGUGUGUUGUGGAUUUACACACGUUGUCGCUGAUAUGCCAAUGAUGUUUAUUGGAAUGUUAAAUGGUGCAGAUUUAUCUGUUGGUAAAUAUAUCUGGAAAUUAUUGAUUCCUGCCAGUAUUGGCAAUAUCAUAGGUGGGUUUGCCUUUUCCGUCAUAUUACCUUAUUACUUACAUUUAAUUGUAGUGGAGCGUGAUAGACAAAGAUUAUCCUUACCUGAAUAUGAAGCAAGAGAUGAGCAGCCCGAACUGAACAUGGAUUCAAGAGUCGUUAGAGUUACCACCACAAAUUUAGACAAAAAUACCACCGAUCUUCAAGAUGAAAAUAAUACUUCAUAUGAUAAUAAAGAAAAUUUUAUUAGUGACGAUGAAGAUUCUUUAACUUCAAUAGACAGUGAAGAAAAUACGGGCACUAAUUCGUCAUUGAACCGCUUCAAUAGGAAUGAACAACCAAUACCUUAUAGGCCGACUAGAACGAGAACUAACGAUUUAGAGUUGUCUAAAACACAUAGAAACAAGUCGUACCAUAGUAUCAGAUCACCACCGGGCGUUUUCCCCGUUAUUGGCAUGGGUGAACCACUCACAAAAGAACGUACAAUCGAAAAUUCAACUACAAUGAUCAGUAACGAUCAUGGUUUGAAAAAAUUAUUCACUACUUCAAAUAGCAAUUCAAUUAAAAAUAUGGAGUUGAAAGAAGAAGUGAAUUAUUUCAACGAUGGUCAUUAUAAUGUUCUUAAUAAUAAACCGGGGACAAGACUUGAAAAAGCAAUUACAAAGAUGUUAUCGCAUUCGACUGAUAAAGCCACUCUACCCAUCACCACACAAGAUACAUUCCCAUUCAAUUCUCCGCAAAAUGCUAGAACCUAUAGUGAUAUUAAUGGAGACUAUGGUUUGGAUAAGAUGUCUUAUAAAGUUAAUUUUGAAAAUGCCCUAAGUAAAGCAGGAGUACCGUUAAACUUUGCAGCCAUGUCAGAUAAUAUUGCAGGCAUUGAUAAUUUGAACGCAAUGGAUUUAUCACGUAAACCUACUACACCUACUCAACACCAAGCAUACGAUUCAUCAAAUGAAUCAGAUAAUGAUAUAAAAAGUCAGUAA